AUGAGCACAACUCCAGCCAACGGAUCCCCUCCUGAGGGGGAGGAAAAGAAGCUCUCCGCCAACGAACGCCGGCGCCUGCGGAAGGCACAACAGGUGGAGGAGAAGAAGCACCAAAAGGAGCAAUUGCAAGAAAACGCUGGGGCGAAGACGGCCACUGCCCAGUCAAAGGAUCACGAAGAGGUCGACCCGCGUGUCUUUUACGAGAACCGCUGCAAAUUCGUGGAUGGGCUGCGCAAGCAAAAUCUCGCAUAUCCACACAAAUUCAACGUCACUCUGACUCUCCAAGAAUUUCAAGAGAAGUACGGAGGAUUGGCCGAUGGAGCUCAUCUCCCGGAAGAAGAGGUUUGCAUAGCAGGUCGGUUGACCAGAGUGGCUGCAAGUGGACAGAAGCUGCGCUUCUACGACGUGCGUGGGGACGGCUACCGUCUGCAGGUGAUGGCGAAUUUGGCUGAUCACGAUCCUUCAACAGGAGACUUUCUGGAAAUCCACAAUGCUUUCCGCAGGGGAGAUAUCGUUGGAAUCCGCGGGUACCCAGGAAAAUCCAAGCGCGGAGAGUUGUCCAUUUUCCCGCGUGAAAUGAAGCUGCUCACACCAUGCUUGCACAUGCUGCCUGAAAGAAACGGGCUCAAGGACCUGGAUACGCGUUAUCGCCAUCGAUAUAUCGACCUCAUAGUCAACGAUGAGCCGCGCCGUGUCUUCAUGAUUAGGUCGAAGAUAACGCGCUUUAUACGGGACUUCUUGGAGAACCGUGGCUUCAUUGAAGUUGAAACGCCAAUGAUGCAUCCGAUAUUUGGCGGUGCAAAUGCCAAGCCGUUCGUGACACAUCACAAUGACUUGAACACAGACCUCUACAUGCGGGUUGCUCCUGAGCUUUACCUCAAAAUGCUGACCGUUGGUGGGAUGGACAAGGUAUUUGAGAUUGGGAAAAAUUUCCGAAACGAAGGGAUCGACAUGACGCACAAUCCUGAGUUCACAGCGUGCGAGUUCUACUGGGCCUAUGCGGACUACAAUGAUACGAUGAAACUCACGGAGGAUAUGCUUUCAGAAAUGGUGAAGACAAUACACGGCAACUACAAGAUUCCGUUUCAUCCGGAGGGCCCUGACGGACCUGUUGUAGAGCUUGACUUCACGCCGCCUUACCGGCGCCUUUCGCUUGUUGAGGAAAUUGAGAAGCAAGCAAAUGUAACUCUUCCGAGGCCUCUGGAUGGUGAUGAGUGCUUGAGUUGCCUUAAAAGCUUGAUGGAAAAACACAAUAUCCAGCCGCCGAACCCGUUGACUCCGGCGAAGGCACUGGAUGCAGUUGGCGCACACUUUGUAGAGAGCCAAUGCACCACCAGGCCGACGUUCAUAAUUGAACACCCGCAGGUCAUGUCGCCCCUGGCCAAGUGGCACAGAUCGAAACCUGAGCUGACAGAGCGGUUCGAGCUUUUCGUGAUGGGCAAGGAACUGUGCAAUGCAUAUACUGAACUUAACGACCCGAAGAAGCAACGCGAGUGCUUCAUGGAGCAGCUAAAGGCGAAGGAAGCUGGAGAUGACGAAGCGUGCCCCAUUGACGAGAAUUUCUUGAUGGCCUUAGAAUACGGGUUGCCUCCGACUUCUGGUUGGGGCAUUGGAAUCGAUAGACUAACUAUGUUUCUUUCUGACCAAAUCACAAUCAAAGAGGUUAUCCUCUUCCCGUCUAUGCGCCCAAAAGCCAAAGAAGAACCAAAGGACGAGAAGAGGGCUGCGUAG